AUGCCCAGGCGACCUCCCCGGGACGGGCGGGGAGGCGUGCCCGGGAGGCGGGCAGUGACAGCUCGGCGGCGACCACGCCGCUCAAAUAGCCGCCGCCGCAACCGGAGCGGAGCAGGCGCGGCCGCCCACUCCAUGGUGACGGCGGCGACCGGGCGGCGCGGCGGCACCCCGGAACGUCAGGGGCCCGGCGGCUCCCCCGGGAGCUGCCCGCGGCGCCCGGCACGGCGGCGGCGCCUGGGGACGGCGGCGGCGGCGAGGGAGAGCGCUCAGGAGCUGCAGGCUUUCCGCGACUACGGGGAGAGCUGGUACCGGUCCCGUAAGGGGCUGGAGAGCCGCUUCCAGCCGCGGGAGCCGCUCGCCCGGCAGCCGCAGGUGACGGCGGAGGCGCGCUGCAAGCUGGUCAGCUGGCUCAUCCCUGUUCACCGGCACUUCGGGCUCUCCUUCGAGUCACUCUGCCUGGCCGUCAACAUCCUCGACCGCUUUCUCGCCACCACUCCUGUGGCAGCCGACUGCUUCCAGCUCCUGGGGGUGACGGCACUGCUCAUCGCCUCCAAGCAGGUGGAGGUGCACCCCCCUAGCGUGAAGGAGCUUCUCGCCCUCUGCUGCGACGCCUUCACCCGCCAGCAGCUCCGUAACCUGGAGUGCAUCGUCCUGCAUCGCCUUCACUUCGACCUGGCGGCGCCCACCGUCAGCUUCUUCCUGGAACACUUCAGCCAGGUGCGGCUGGAAGCUCGGGGGACCGACGCGGGGGAGGCGGCGGCCGCCCGGAGCCUGGCGGCGGGCGUCGCAGAGCUCAGCCUGGCUGACUAUGCCUUCACCAAAUACGCGCCCUCCCUGCUGGCAGCCAGCAGCCUGGGGCUGGCGGACCGCCUCCUGCGCCACCUCAGCCCCCUGGACCUCCGAGUCAGCGGCUAUCCGGAGGAGCUCCUGCGGGACUGCAUGGACCAGCUGCAGCUCCUGGUGUCUCUGAACGGGCGGUCCCUGUCUCUCCUCCUGCCCCCGGAGGUGGCCCAGAAGUGCCCCUGGCUUGGGGAUGACGGCUGACAGCGGGUGGUGGUGGCGGCGGCUCUGUCUCGGCGUCUGUGCUCCACAGAGUCGGUGUAGUGUGAUCCACUAAGCCUUAGUGUCACUGGAGCUUAAAAAUUAGAUGGCGUUUUGCAAAAGAUUUUAUGUGACAUGUCACCUGCACUGUCCCUUUGCUAUUUUUUUUUAAAAAUCCAGCAUGUAAAUAAUACACUGAAUCUCACGUACUGUGUUAUUUAUUUGGAGGGUGGUCCAUAAAGAUAACGGUGUAAGGACCAACUGAAUGUUGAAUAAACGCUUUUCUGCUUGUUA